UUUUUUUUCUUUCUUUCUUUCUUUUUUUUCUUUAGUCUGCAUAUCAAUACCAAUGGAGCCUCGUAAGGUUUAUUUGUGUGGCAUUUGUACUAUGCCUUUGGAAUACUGCGAGUUCAGUGGUACACAGGAAAAAUGUAAAUUAUGGUUAAGAGAACAUGAUGAAGAUAAAUACACAGAAUUAUACGGCGUCAAUGCUAUUACAGAAGGAGUAGAAAAGACAAACAUUGAUGAAGAAGGUGUUGACAAGAAAGAUAGAACAGUCGUGAAGGACAAGUCAGCCAAACUUGAAGCUAAAUUGGAACGUGAAAUCAAGAAAAAGAUGGCUUCUCGUGUCAUUAUCAAACGUAUUGAAAGAACAAAGAGAAAGAGUGUCACAACCAUUUACGGUUUGGAUGUUUUUGGUGUUGAUAUUAAGAAGGCAGCAAAGAUGUUUGCAAACCGAUUCGCCUGUGGUUCUUCUGUUGCAAAGAACAAUCAAGGUCAAGAUGAAAUUGUCGUCCAGGGUGAUUUCAGUGAUGACAUUCAUGAAUUAAUUUUGACAAACUGGCCCGAUUUGGUUCCCAAAGACAACAUUGACAGAGUCGAAGAAAAGAAAAAGAAAAAGGGGGAGAAUCAGCCUUGAUUUGCUUAAAAUAAACCAACAAAAAAAAAAAGCUGUUUUUAUUCCUCAUUUUUUAAUUUGUAUUGUGCAA